CCCAUCCUGAUUUCCCCCUCCACACACAAAAUUUAGAACAAGGAGAAAAAUCCAGCCCCGAACUAACAAACAGGAAGGUAUCCCGCCAUCACGUCAAAAUGGCUACCACCCAGGCAGUUCAGGUGUUCGGCAAGAAGAAGAAUGCCACAGCCGUCGCUCGCUGUGUGCAGGGCAAGGGCCUGAUCAAGGUCAACGGCAAGCCGCUCAAGCUGUUCGCCCCCGAGAUCCUGCGGGCGAAGCUCUACGAGCCCAUCCUUCUCCUCGGGACCGACAAGUUCGCCGACGUCGACAUCCGCAUCCGGGUCGCUGGUGGUGGUCACACUUCCCAGGUCUACGCGACGCGCCAGGCUAUUGCCAAGGCCAUUGUCGCUUACUACGCCAAGUACAUCGACGAGCACUCCAAGAACCUCCUCAAGACCGCUCUCAUUCAGUUCGACCGCAGCCUUCUCGUCGCCGACCCCAGGCGUUGCGAGCCCAAGAAGUUCGGUGGAAGGGGUGCCCGUGCGAGGUUCCAGAAGUCCUACCGUUGAUCGGUUUUUGGGUCAUGUUGGGAAGCGGGGACUUGCGUGGACACGGACGGCGUUCGGCAUUGCAUUCAUCAGCUACGAGUCGAUAUUGGCCUCCGACGAUGGCCUGCUGAGGUGCACAAUACAGGCGCCUUGGGAGAUAGGAAUAAGACUCGAGUCGACCUGGCACCCAUCCGAUACUGUUGGCGGGUUCAUACGUGGAGCAUGUGAGACCUGGAUGGGUGUUUGAGUGGCGGAAUAUGAGAAUCGUGGAAGCAAUAGAGCAGCUCGAAUGCCCCCGGCUUGUCCGCGCCUGGGUGGGAAUGCGAUCGGUGUUUCCUUGUGUCCCGGGUGCCGAACCAAGAACAGUGCCGAUGAAGGAUGGACAAGACUGUGUGAUGCUUGGGAAGUGGUUGGACAUUCUGACGGAGUGUGCAGUUUCGUUACCGACGAACGAACGAAGUUUUGGACGAGAAUCACGAAACGGACCCCUAUGGGUGAUUAUUAUCACUGGACCUCCACCACGAUCGCACCCGCUCCCGCUACCACACCCCAAGUGGCAGUAUUAACAGAUCACGGUUCUCUUAGCGAAAGGUUAUUUUCAGCCAUGCCAUGACUUUACAGGAGCCAACCUGGAGACAUAUAGGUCGUGUCGGCGUUGCGUACGUCACCUGGCCACGGCAGAAAUCAGGAAGCGUGGACGGUUUUGAGUGUCAGAAAUGCGGCAUGACAU